AUGAGCGCCGGUGAGUUGCAGCAGGCUCAGCCCAGACCCUCGGCACCGGCGGCCGCCCCCGUGCCCCCGCAGCCCCGCAGCGCUCAGGAGGCCCCCGAGAUGGCGGUGUACUGCAGCGAGAACUUCAGCGUUUACCCCCAGCCCAGCCUCCACCCGCCCGGCGCUGCCGCCGCCGCCGCCGCGGCCGCCGCCGCCGCCGCCGCUGCCGCCGCUUCGUCGGGGCAACGGGCGGGAGGGUACGCGCUGGGGGACUACGGGGCUCCCGCUAACGCCGGCUACCUGUGGGGCAUGAACAGCCCAGCGCCGUACCUGCAGGGCCCGCCCGGCUCCGGGGCCGCCGCGUCGCCCUUCCUGCCGCCCGCCUCGUACGGCUGCUCGCGGGGUGGCCAGCUGGUGGGCUCGCCCUCGGGGCCCGGCUCGCCGUCGGCGGGCGGCGCGGAGCUGAGCUGGCUGAGCCUGGCGAGCCAGGAGGAGCUGCUGAAGCUGGUGCGGCCGCCCUACUCCUACUCGGCGCUCAUCGCCAUGGCCAUCCAGAGUGCCCCCGAGAGGAAGCUCACCCUCAGCCACAUCUACCAGUACGUGGCCGAGAACUUCCCCUUCUACAAGCGCAGCAAGGCGGGCUGGCAGAACAGCAUCCGCCACAACCUCAGCCUCAACGACUGCUUCCGCAAGGUGCCCCGUGACGAGGACGACCCCGGAAAAGGAAACUACUGGACCUUAGAUCCCAACUGUGAGAAGAUGUUUGACAACGGGAACUUCCGGCGCAAGCGCAAGCGACGCUCAGAGCCCAACACCCCCGCGACCACGGCUGCGGCCUCCUCGCUCGGGGGCCUGAAGGCCGAAGAAGAGCGACCCAUCCCAGCCGCAGGCAAACCCUGUGGAAACAGCCCACCCCCAGAGCUGGACCCAUCGCCUUCUGCCAGGGACCAUCCCAAAAGCUCCUCUCCCUCCGGUAUCAUUUCAUCCACCCCGAGCUGCCUCAGCACCUUCUUCAGCGGCAUGAGCUCACUGAGCGGUGGGGGCAGCCGGCUGACGGGGGGGCUCAGCACUGACCUGCAUCACAGGAACUUCUCUGCUGGACAGCUGAGCAGUGGCACUUUCACCCCUUCCAGCAGCUCAUCUCAAGAGGUGCCUUCACCAGAACAGCUGCAGCGAGUGGCGGGACCUUCCCCUGCCUAUUACAGCUCCUUCCAUCCCAGCAGCGGCAGCCAGGGCGCCCAGUACAACCACUACUACAACUUCACAGUCAACAGCCUCAUCUACACCCGGGAUGGAACGGAGGUGUAGGAUUGCCGGGGCAGUGCUGCAAAGGGAAUGGGAGAUGCAGGUGUGUGCGUGGCAGCGUGGAGGACAGCGUGCUUUUGCAAACAGCAUUUCAAUGUGGAC